CAAUAACAUUUCAAAAGACCCUAGUAUGUGACUAUGUGGGACCCAAUCCCACUUUCCAAUUUCCAUCUUAUUACCAACAUUCAAAAGUCACCCUACUCCAACCAAUCUUGAAUUGGGCACCGUUCUUCUUUUUUCUCUCUCUAAAUGGCUAAUUUCUAAAAUAUGCUAAACUCCAUUGUUAGCUACUUCUCCUCCAUCUCUCUCUCCGUCUUUUACCUCUUAUUAUACCAUUAAAUUUCUAAUUAUUAUAACCUUUAAUUAUUUCUAUUUUUGUCUAAAUUUUAUUUAUUCUUUUAACAAGAUGGGAAGUGGGCAAUCUGGGCUGAGGUCCACUGGGAGGAUUGGGCUGGGUGACUUGCCGGAAAGUUGUGUGGCGGUGAUAUUGGGCCAGUUAAGCCCACCUGAGAUUUGCAGGCUUUCGGAGGUCAAUUGGGCUUUUUAUGAAGCCUCAUUAUCGGAUUUUGUUUGGGAGACUAAGUUACCUUCGAAUUUUGAGUUUCUUGUUCGGAAACUGUUUGAUGAAAGUCCUAAGAGAUUUAGUAAGAGAGAGAUUUUCUCUCGACUUUCUCGCUCUGUCAGAUUUGAUGCUGGAACUAAGGAGAUAUGGUUGGAGAAAAAUAGUGGGAAGAUGUGCAUGGCGAUUUCAUGGAGAGGAAUGACGAUCACUGGAAUAGAUGAUCGUAGAUAUUGGACUCAUAUUUCGACUCAUGAAUCCAGAUUCCAAGCGAUUGCGUACCUAAAGCAAGUAUGGUGGUUGGAGGUGGGAGGGGAAUUGGAGUUCAAUUUCCCUGCUGGUACAUACAGCCUGUUUUUCAGACUUCAGUUAGGCAAACCCUCCAAAAGAUUUGGUCGACGAAUUUGCAACACAGAGGGAGUGCAUGGCUGGGACAGAAAGCCAGUUAGGUUUAAAUUGUCAGCCUCAAAUGGCCAGGAUGCUGUCUCCCAGUGUUACUUAAAGCCAGCUGGGAACUGGCUUAAUUACCAUGCCGGGGAUUUCACAGUUGAGAAUCACCACACUCCUAUGAAGAUCAAGUUCUCCUUGGCUCAAAUUGAUUGUACACACACCAAAGGAGGGCUUUGCUUGGACUCUGUAGUCAUAUACCCUAGUGAAUUAGCAGAACGUAUGCAGCAGUCUCAGCUUUUAUAGUUCACUCUUAGUCUAAGGCCGGAGGUUUUGUAGAUAAUAGAAAUCUGUUGGAAACUGGGAGUGAUAGAACUAUUCAUUUGUUUGUUAUGUCAUAAUGUCAUAUGUUAUGCUAUAGGUUUAUAGCUUGAUAUUAUUUUUUUCAGUAUUACAGAUGCUGGCUGAUAUAAUGCUAUGUAAAACUCUAUAUUGAACAUUCAAAAGAAAAAAAAUUGAAUGAUUUGUUGUA